AUGGCGCCCUCUCUCGAAGAACCCACGCAGGUCGAUUUCGACGCGCCGCUCAAGAAUGCGCCAAAACUGGUUGCGCCGGAGCCCGAGCACUGCCCGGGCCCUGAAUCGCUGCAGGCCGGAAAAGCAGACAACUGCGCCGGGUGCCCCAACCAAGCCAUAUGCGCCUCUGCGCCCAAAGGACCGGACCCAGACAUCCCCCUCAUAACGGCGCGCCUCUCGUCGGUCAAGCACAAGAUCCUCGUGCUGUCCGGCAAAGGCGGUGUCGGCAAAUCGACCUUCAGCACCAUGCUCUCCCACGGCUUCGCCUCGAACCCUCGGUCGACAGUGGGGCUGAUGGACACGGAUAUCUGCGGGCCGAGCAUACCGAAGAUGAUGGGCGUCGAGGACGAGACGAUCCACGUGACGGGCGAGGGGUGGGAGCCGGUGUGGGUCAGCGAGAACCUGGGGGUGAUGAGCGUGCAGUUCAUGCUGCCGAACCGCGACGACGCGGUGAUUUGGCGCGGGCCCAAGAAGAACGGGCUGAUCAAGAAGUUCCUCAUGGACGUCAGCUGGGGGGAGCUGGACUUUCUGGUUGUAGACACGCCGCCCGGCACAAGCGACGAGCAUUUGAGUGUCAAUUCGUUCCUGAAGGCGAGCGGCGUCGACGGCGCCGUGCUCGUCUCCACGCCGCAGGAAGUCUCGCUGCUCGACGUGCGCAAGGAAAUCGACUUCUGCCGCAAAGCCUCGAUCCCCAUCCUCGGCAUCGUCGAGAACAUGUCGGGCUUCGUGUGUCCCGGGUGCAAGCACGAGUCUCAGAUCUUCCGGGCGAGCACAGGCGGCGCUCGCCGGCUGGCUGAAGACGAGAACAUACCCUUCCUCGGCGCGGUCCCGCUGGAUCCUCGAAUCGGCAUGGCCUGCGACUUUGGCGAGAGCUUCUUGACGGCCUACCCCGACAGCCCGGCGUGUGCGGCUGUCAAGGAGGUGGUGAGGCGGGUGGGCGAGGAGCUGGGGUUGAGCGGGGAGCAAGUGCUGCCUGAGGAUGGAUAG